AUGCAUUCGAAAUUCUCUUUAAUCCUUGCGCUUUCUAUUUCCGCCUUGAUCACCCAGCGCACCGUUGUGGAAGCUGGAGUGUGCCGCAAAAAGUCUUCUAAGGGAUUUCAAAUCUCGGGAUACUAUCCUAGUUAUCGAGCAGGUUUGCUGCCCCCAGAAAGCAUUCCUUGGGAUCUUUAUAACCACAUUGAUUAUUUUGUUGCUGUUACUUCAGAAUCCCCAUCAGCUGAAUUUGUGUUUGACAACGAAGCCAACAUAAAAGCAGUCGUUGAGGGUGCUAAAGCUCACAAGGUCACAGUUUCGUUAACGAUCGGAGGAUGGACAGGUAGCAAGUACUUUAGCUCUCUUGUUAGCACUGACUCCAGCCGUGAGACCUUCGCAAAGACAAUCUCUUCAACGUUGACCAAGUAUGGAUUUGACGGUGUAGACCUUGAUUGGGAGUAUCCAAACGCGCCUGGAAACGAGGGUAACAUCAUAUCUAAAGACGACUCGGCUAACUUGCUCAAAUUCUUGACUGCUCUCAGGGCUGCCAUCGGAUCCAAGAGGCUUACUGCGGCAGUCUCCGUUCAUGGGUUCAUGGGACCAGACGGACAAUACUUGAAGGACCACAAAGAAUACGCUAAGUUGUUUGAUUUCAUCACUAUCAUGGCCUACGACAUUUAUCUCCCGGUUGUGACCCCUCUCUUUGGACCAGGAGCCCCGUUAUUUGACACGUGCAAUGACCCCAGCUAUAAGUUUUCGGUGGCUCAAGCAAUCGACACCUGGACUUCAACUGGCUUUCCUGCUUCCCAAAUCCUUUUAGGUAUUCCUGCAUACGGUUAUCAGUACACGUUAUCUAGCUCGACACUUGACCCAACUAACUUCUCUGGUAAGGAAAAGAGUUUAUUUUUUGGCCCCAUUGACAAGUCGGCUCAAGCUCAAACGGUAAAGAACGUGGCCCCUACUUCAACUGGAUGCAACAGCCCAUUGGAAGGAGGAAACUUCAUUUUCAAAGACUUGCUCACUUGUGGAUUUCUGUCUCCUGAUGCCGCUACCGGACAAGGAGGAUUUGAACGUCACUAUGAUAACUGUACUCAAACUCCGCUCCUCUUUAACCCAUCCACCAAGACACUCAUUGCGUAUGACGACCCAACCUCUUUGACAGAGAAAGUCAAGUAUGCCAAAUCCAAGGGAGUUGCAGGUGUGAAUGUUUUUGACGCCAGCGGCGACACCCCUUCCCGAAUGCUUCUGAAAUCAGUGAAUCAAGCCUCUAAAUUAUAA